UUUCUUUCCCCACAAAAAUCACGUACUUACGCAAAAGUAUUACGCUAUUUGGAAAUAUAAAAGCAUUUAAUUUUAAAAUUGUUAGUAACAAUAACUGAUAUCGAGUGAGAGAAUACAGACGUGUAUGGAAAUUUUUAAGAUGUAUUUCAAAUAUAUGUGCGUCGCUUUGACCAUAAUAACACCGUUCUCUUUGGGCUAUAAUACUGCAAGUGCAAAUGUGCCACAACAUUAUGAGGCGGCAGGCGUAAAUGAGAAUGUAGAGAAAUUUGUAAAUGCGGCCACUUGCAAUCAGCAUCCAGCUUUUGCCUCUUUUUCCGACGCAGCUAAUGUUGCGUCGUCCAUUAGUAGCGAUUCAACUCAAGCGACCGGACAAUAUCCGGCAUUUAACUACAGUCCGACAUAUGAAAAUGCGAAGAAAACUAAUGAUUAUACUGCUCCAAGUUUAACUGAAAAUUUUUUAACUUCUAAUCUCCGAAAAAGCAACGCUCAAUUCGUCAGCCCAAACGUCUUGACGCAAAAUGAAUUUGGAAGCCUCCUUUUACAUAAGAAUGGCAACAACCACCAACUGAUUGUUAAUCGGCCUUUGCGACCAAUUGUAGUUACUCACCCAGGUUCCCAGCCAGCGCAGAUAACAAGUGGUCAACCAGCCGUUGUUAACACAUCGCCAGUUGUUUACAAACUGAAACCUUCCGUUAUUUAUCAACACGAAAUUGUCAAUAAAAUUCCAACACCUUUAAGCCUAAAUCCUGUAUACGUAAAAGUCUAUAAGCCCGGCAAACAAAUCGAUGCUCCAUUAACGCCGAGAGAUGCAUCGAAUUAUCAACAUACAAACCAACGAGCUUACGGUAUGCCCUACGAUCGGGCAAUCGAUCCCCCAGCUCCCAAUGAUUAUGCGGAGAAGUUCCUACCAUCCAAUAUGUUGAACCCGUCGUCAUCGGGCUAUUGAUUUCUCAUGGGAAAA